UCGGUUCGGGUUCGAAGAGCUGGUGCUCAUAUUCGCGAUUUCGGCUGGCUUCGCGUGCUAAUUACUCGUCCGGAGUGCCGAAAGUGAUUAUCGCAUGCUGGUGCGACAGGAUAUUCAUCGAUACUCGCGUACUCGCUCAUCUGGGCGAUCGCGGACCAUCAUCAGUGGGUGGUGCGGAGUGUUCGAAAGUUCUAACGGUUUUCUGUAAUGGCCGACUUGCAGCCGUCGCGGGAAGACGAUCUGAAUCGCAGCGUCGAUGGAUGGGAGGAAUUGCUACAUUCCCGGAUCCCACAUCGUGUUGUGUGUCAACCGCACGAAAUUGCGACGGUCCUGAAUCCCGCGUUGCGUUGUGUCAACCGUUCGAAGUCGUCGAUGAGAGAGACACCACCGUCGGCCGAGCUCCAGACAGUCCAGAGAAAUAUGUUCUUCUGGAUGACCGAAUAACCGGUGGGACAAGAAAGAACGAAAAUUCGAAGAUGAAUUGGCCACUGGUGCUGACUUGCUUUUUGCUGCCGCAGUCGUGCAUUCUCGGCGCAUCGCGUGCAGGUUGCACGUUUCCAGAGGAGUGGUACGGCCGGUGGUUCCAAUCGGGGAACCAGGGCCUGGUGACCGUGAACGGCUCCAUCAUCACCAGCAAGGGCCAGUGCAUCGAGAAAAAUGGCGACAAGUUCCUCGUUCACGACGCGAAGGAUAAAUGCUACCGAUGCAUCGUGAUGCACGCGCAACACACGAACGUGCUGCAGUACAAAGAAACUUAUUGCACGAGCGAGUCGCCGGAGCCGAGUCUGCUGGGCAAGUGCAGCCUGUUGACCAGCGACGCCACUCUGAUCUCCCUGUUUCGCACCGGUGCGGCGCCGCUGCCCUGUCCCAUUAAGGGUCCCUUGGAGUUCACCUACAGCCAGGGCGAGGGCGAGUGCAAUUCGCCGCGGUCACGGGCGGAAGCGUGCACGCAAGAGUCGCGGCUGCUCCUGCGCUAUCAGGCGUGCGCCAACGUUCAUUCGUCUGAAAGCGUCGACGUAGAAUUGGAGUGUCUGGCUCAUUGGAGGGAGGGCAGCACAAAUUACAUGGUCGCGCGUUUGCACAGCGAUCGCAAAACAAACGACGAGGAGAGCUAUAGAUGCUUUAUUUACACAAAUCCAUCGAACAACACGUGGUACCUCGCGCAGAGCUCGGACGCCGCCUGCAACGGAUUGAUCAGCGUCCACGAGGCUGCCAGGACAUUCAAGAUGACGCCAAAGGAGCCACCGCAGCAUUGCUCCUAUCCGUCCUGGGUGGUGGCCGGUAAAUCGUGGGUGGCUUUGGACCGAAUGGCUUCCCGUCUCCUGGCGUCGCCUUACAACAUCACGAUCCUCGACCGGAACGAGACCCGCCUUGUUUGCCAUUCCGCUGUCACCAUUGAUGAUCAUCGUCAUCACCAUUCCAUGCCGAUCGAUAGGGAGAACCAACGGCAGUUCGUCGCGAAGGCGACGCGAGAUUGCAAGAACGGAUACGUGUGCAUCAUGUUCCACAGGAGGGACGAGCACGUAAUAGAGAUGCAACUCUCGGAAUGGGGCCAGCAGCCUGACGAUAUAUGCAAUUCGAGCACGUUCAACUCGCACUCGACGCCGUACACGACGUUCAUCACAUCCGACCCGAUGACCCGGCAGUGCCCUAAUCUCGGCCGCUACGACAUCGUGUCGUUGUUCCGGCCGCCGAACGCCGACAACGUCGAAGACAUAUUGGCCGUCGACGGCGAGCAGAACGUCGCGAACGUGGCGGAGGUGCACGACGUGAGAGUACCCUCCACGCCAUUCCCGAGGCAGUGCCACCACGGCAGCGUUCGCAGGCUGGACAUCGGCUGCAGGACACCCGAUCGCAUGGAGUUCGCCACGUCCUGCAGCGACGAGGCGUUAUCCGAGUACUUAUGCCACGGAACUUGGGUUGAGAACGACACCGCUUACUUGGUGGCCAGCACCGACGUCGGACGUUACUGCCUCGUUUACAGCGCGUCCGCCGCGACGACAGGAAGUCGUGAACUCUCGGUGACGGGCCAUCUCGCUUCCUGUCCGAGGGCCUCUCAUCGCCAUCCAGUCUCGUGGCAGGUUAACCUCACGUCGUACGCCCAAUGCGGCGACAUCUCGUCGGCGACCACGUGGGCGCUCCGGAUGCCGGCGUCCCUCUUCAACAUCGUCUUCAUCGGCGCGCUCUUCGCCAGGUACAUCGCGAGGUGAUGGCACUGAGUCGAGACGCGCCACGCACCGGCUGCGACUGUAUAGUUGAAAAGAAAAGGAAAAAAAAAGAUAACCAAAGACUCUUAUUGCGAUAUUGCGUUUGUGGUGAUUAUACAUAACGUUCUGGGAUUUGCUGGU